CGGAUGUGACCACAAAGUAACAGUCAUCAAAGAUGGAUGAAGCGGUCACUAUAAAUAACCAAACAUCCAGAUAAGCAUCGACGUCGACUAUUGAUGGCUCCUCCUCCGUCCGCCACCUGUAAAUCUGCGGUGCCAUCUUCCACAGCGACUGGAUGUGACAGGCAGCUUCCAGAGCCGCAGCAGCGGGGACAGGGCGUCUGAAGACCGCUGCUUGUUUCCCGACGAAGCUUUCCUUAUAAUAAAGAUCGGCUCAACGCGACUUUUGACGCAGGCGGCAGCGCAUUCAACAGGGCGCGGAGCCCCUGCAAGCUGGAGGUGGAGGAGUGAUCCAUCCAUCCAUCCACUGACAGGAGAGGACUUUCAUUUACCACGCUGUAAAUUCACGACCGCUGUGCACGCAGUCGUGAGUUCACUAUAACUUUGACGGACGCUUUAUUUAUUGUUGUUACGCGAGCACUGAAAGUAACGCGCAAGCGCCGCCAAGGAGGGCGCAUCAUAUAAGGCGCACGACUGAAUCUGCAUUUCAAAGGAAGUUUCCCCCCCCACAGCCUCCACACACACGCACGCACACUGUCAUCUGUUGUCCACUCAUCGUGACGCCGUUGUCCAGAGAAACCAAAGGAGAGGGAGAGAGUCCACUCGACAUGGCCGCGCAGCGGUGGCAUCAGGGGACGCUGGCUGGAACUCCACGCUGCGCCUGACUCGCACUUGACUGGAGUGUACGCUCUGGAGGCAGGCAGCUGAUCCAAAGCCCAUGAUGCCCAAGAGCAGAGAGAAAUUCAACCCCGACCCUUCUAUCCACAUAUCCAAGAUGAAUGUAAUUAUCCCCUUCUCAUCGGAUGUGCCGUGUGACAGCAACGGUCAGCGGAUGUGGUGGGCUUUCCUCGCAUCCUCCAUGGUGACUUUCUUCGGGGGUCUCUUCAUCAUCCUCCUGUGGAGGACCCUCAAAUACCUGUGGACCGUGUGCUGCCACUGUGAUGCCAAAAAGAAGGAGGUGCACCGGAUCACCACGGGAGAGGUGGUCAAACGCUCGGGAAAAGAUGACGCAGCGGCCAGUGAGGUUGGCUGGAUGACCUCCGUGAAAGACUGGGCCGGGGUCAUGAUAUCUGCUCAAACGUUAACAGGAAGAGUUCUGGUGGUUCUGGUGUUUGCUCUCAGCAUCGGGGCCCUUGUCAUAUACUUCAUAGAUUCUUAUGAUCCCAUCGAGUCCUGUCAGAACUUCUACAAAAACCUAACGCUGCAGAUUGACAUGGCGUUCAACGUCUUCUUCCUGCUGUACUUCGGCUUGCGGUUCAUUGCUGCCAAUGACAAGCUGUGGUUCUGGCUGGAGGUGAACUCAGUGGUGGACUUCUUCACGGUUCCUCCGGUGUUUGUGUCGGUGUACCUGAACAGGAGCUGGCUCGGUUUGAGGUUCCUGAGGGCCCUGCGGUUGAUACAGUUCUCAGAGAUAUUACAGUUUUUGAAUAUACUCAAGACAAGUAACUCCAUCAAGUUGGUCAACCUGUGUUCCAUAUUCAUAAGCACAUGGCUGACGGCCGCAGGCUUCAUUCACUUGGUGGAAAACUCCGGAGACCCAUGGGACAACUUUCAAAAUUCCCAAGCACUUUCCUACUGGGAAUGUGUCUACUUACUCAUGGUUACCAUGUCCACGGUCGGAUAUGGAGACGUUUAUGCGAAAACCACCCUGGGCCGCCUGUUCAUGGUCUUCUUCAUCUUGGGUGGUUUGGCCAUGUUUGCGAGCUACGUCCCUGAAAUCAUAGAAUUAAUAGGAAACCGCAAGAAAUACGGCGGUUCCUAUAGUGCUGUAAAUGGGAGAAAGCACAUUGUGGUCUGUGGGCACAUUACACUGGAGAGUGUGUCCAACUUUCUAAAAGACUUCCUACACAAGGACAGGGACGAUGUCAAUGUAGAAAUUGUUUUUCUCCAUAAUAUUUCCCCUAAUCUUGAGCUGGAAGCCUUGUUCAAACGCCACUUCACCCAAGUUGAAUUUUACCAAGGAUCCGUCCUAAACCCACAUGAUCUGGCCAGAGUCAAGAUUGAGUCGGCAGACGCCUGUCUGAUCUUGGCCAAUAAAUACUGUGCUGACCCUGAUGCCGAGGAUGCCAGCAACAUCAUGAGGGUUAUUUCCAUCAAGAAUUACCAUCCGAAGAUCCGAAUCAUCACGCAGAUGUUGCAGUACCAUAACAAGGCUCACCUUCUGAACAUUCCGAGCUGGAACUGGAAGGAGGGAGACGAUGCCAUUUGUCUUGCAGAGCUGAAACUGGGCUUUAUUGCCCAGAGCUGUCUGGCUCAGGGCCUCUCCACCAUGCUGGCCAACCUCUUCUCCAUGAGAUCAUUUAUCAAAAUUGAAGAGGACACAUGGCAGAAGUAUUACUUGGAAGGAGUAUCUAACGAGAUGUACACGGAGUACCUGUCCAGCGCCUUUGUGGGUUUGUCUUUCCCUGUUAUUUGCGAACUGUGCUAUGUGAAGCUGAAGCUGCUGCUCAUAGCCAUUGAGUACAAGUCUGAUCAGAGGGAGAGCAGCACCCUGAUAAACCCUGGGAACCACGUGAAGAUGCAGGAAGGAACCUUGGGCUUCUUCAUUGCCAGUGACGCCAAAGAAGUGAAGAGGGCAUUAUUUUACUGUAAGGCCUGCCACGAUGACAUAACGGAUCCUAAGAGAAUAAAGAAAUGCGCAUGCAAGAAAUCCAAGACUCCCUUCUACAAGAAAAUAGAACUGGCAUGUUGUUUCGAUUCGGACCGCUCUAAGUGGCCCAGCCUUUGCAUGCCAGUAAAUGUUCCUUGUGACGUGGACCCGGGUCUACAGGACAUCCAGGUCUCUGCUGUCUCUCUUAAUGAUAGCUCAGAGGCAUUACCUGCCCCUAAAAAUAGCUAUAAUGGAUAUAUCAAGUCAAUUGAAGGCGACCAUCAGUCCGCACUGUCGCCCAAGAAGAAGCAACGGAAUGGAGGCAUGAGGAUUUCACCAAACUCCUCACCCAAGUUGAUGCGACACGACCCACUCCUUGUCCCGGGGAACGAGCAGAUUGAGAGCAUGGACGAGAAUGUGAAGAAAUAUGACUCGACGGGGAUGUUUCAUUGGAGCCCGUCCAAAGACAUCGAGAAGGUCAUCUUGACACGCAGCGAGGCAGCUAUGACCGUCCUGAGCGGUCAUGUGGUCGUGUGCAUAUUCGGAGAUGUGAAAUCAGCACUGAUCGGUCUCCGGAAUUUCGUGAUGCCCCUGAGGGCCAGCAACUUUCAUUACCACGAGCUGAAGCACAUUGUGUUCGUGGGCUCACUUGAGUAUUUCAAGAGAGAGUGGGAGACUCUUCACAACUUUCCAAAAGUUUCUAUUCUGCCAGGCACACCGCUGAGUCGGGCAGAUCUAAGGGCUGUCAACAUCAACCUCUGUGACAUGUGCGUCAUCCUGUCAGCCAAUCAGAACAAUAUUGACGAUGCAUCACUGCAGGACAAGGAAUGCAUCUUGGCGUCACUCAACAUCAAAUCCAUGCAGUUUGACGACAGCAUUGGGGUCUUGCAGGCCAACUCCCAAGGCUUCACACCACCAGGAAUGGACAGAUCCUCUCCAGAAAACAGCCCUGUCCACGGCUUAGUGAGGCAGACCUCGGUGACGACAGGAGCAAACAUCCCCAUCAUAACAGAGCUCGCGCCAUUAGCGAAGGCGGGCAAAAAAGUGCCUGUGAUUUCAUUCAGUCAGGAUAAAAGCAGUGGGACCAGCAUACAAAUGAUAACCGAGCUUGUGAACGACUCAAACGUUCAGUUCCUGGACCAAGAUGACGACGACGACCCCGACACAGAACUGUACCUCACCCAGCCGUUUGCCUGUGGAACAGCCUUUGCAGUGAGCGUGCUGGACUCCUUGAUGAGUGCUACAUACUUCAACGAUAAUAUCCUCACCUUGAUCCGGACACUGGUAACGGGCGGAGCGACGCCGGAGCUGGAGGGGCUGUUGGCGGAAGAGAACGCUCUGCGAGGCGGUUACAGCACACCGCAGACCCUGGCGAACAGGGACAGGUGUCGCGUGGCUCAGCUGGCCCUGUACGACGGGCCCUUUGCCGACCUGGGGGAGGGCGGUUGCUACGGAGACCUGUUCUGUAAAGCCCUGAAAACAUACAACAUGCUGUGCUUUGGCAUAUAUCGGCUACGAGACGCACAUUUGAACUUGCAGAGCCAGUGUACCAAACGGUACGUCAUCACUAAUCCACCGUACGCGUUUGAGAUGGUGCCCUCAGACCUGAUAUUCUGCCUGAUGCAGUUUGACCACAACGCCGGGCAGUCUCGAACGAACCUUUCCCACUCUUCCCAUUCGUCGUACUCCUCCAGUAAAAAGAGCUCCUCCGUCCACUCUAUCCCAGCCGCCAACCGCAGCAACCGCACAAAAAGCAGGGAGUCGCGAGACAAGCAAAAAAAAGACAUGGUUUACAGAUGAGUUUACAGGCCAGCCGAGGACCACACAGUUCCCUUACCAUCAGCCAAGUCAGUCACACUAAAUCAACGAGCAGUUCGGUUCCAAUGUUGUGAGAAGCAGAGGACGAGUGCUAAACUCUGGGACCCUUGUUGACAACUGUGUGGUACAAGUCUGCAGACUGCUGCAGACUUCUCAUCUGCCAACAUAAACCAUCAGACGACACAAGACGCAAUUUCCCUUAUUUCCUUAUCCACCUUCAUUAGGACUGAAGAUACAAUACAGACAAUAAUCACAACUUCUACCAAUAACAAUACUCAGACAUUAGGCCACUUCUUGUGGCCACAUUCUAUGGCUUUCUGUUCUAUUCUGUUCUGGUCUGGGAGACUACGGACACUCAAGGAAGCCAAACAAUGUAAACGUGGCUCCGACUGCUACAGCUGUUGUUAGCUCAAAUGUUUUUGCAGUAAAUGUUGCCUUUUUUAGCCCCCUACUGCUACUACUGCAUUUACCCAGUGUCACACAACCAAUCUGUACAGUAUGUCUGAGUGAGUAUUCCACGUCCUGCUGCAACGCCAUCAUCACCGACCCGCUCUAAUUCACACCAUUUAUGACAGUCUCCAUAGCCAGUGUCCAUGUGUCCGUGGCACUUGGCCCCAAAG